AUUGAAGAGCUUGCAGGGUUUUAGCUGUGGAAGAGAGCAAAUCAAGAACCCUCAGAAGAUAGGGGAUAAAAGAAGAAAGACAUUACAGUACGAUGCCGUUUGGUGUCUGUGCUAUGGUAAACAUAAUUCUCAAUGUAUAUUUUUGCUAAGCAAGCCUAAUGUAAUAUCGAGGAUGGUGGUCUGCAUAUCAGGAUGAGGUAAGUUUGACAGACAAAGCAAUGUGUUUAUAUUUCAGCGAGACUUUCUCAAGACUUUGAUCGAACACUAUAUUUGAGCAAGCAAGUUGAAAUUUCUGAUUUUAGGAUCGAGUGGAUAAAUGGCGCGAGGGUCCUAUGUGUCUUCUGAGUCUACCCUGAUAGAGUAGCUAAUUCAACUAUUCUUUUUAUUUUUUCUGGGAAACAUUCUUACUAUCCUUAAGGUCUCUACCUAAUUGUGUUUAUGUUUCCGAGUUUCUGUCUUCAAGCAGGACAUACUUAUGUGCGGUAACUAAUGUUCAGAGCUUAUGCUAGCAAACUAUGUAGUGUUUUGAUUCUAUUCCACUGAACUGGAGUAAGCAUAUUGGUAAGCUCCUCAAAAGUCUGGGUCCUCUGGGACAUGAUUGCAGUUGUUUACUCUAGCAAGUAGCAUCUUAAAUCAGGUUAUUUAGUUGACGGACAAUUCUUUUGUAUUAAGGCUAGUACCUCAUAAGAUGAUGAAUUAUAGCUGGUUUGAUUUUUUAUAUAUAACACCAAAACCUAUAUGGAAUCUAUGGAUUAAGGCUAUGUUGCUGGCUGCAUUUUGGAACUGAUUAAAAUGUAAACCAAAAUGAAACCGAUGAAACAAUAAUAUGAUGGCCCUGAUCAAAUGCUGAAAGGAUACGCUUAUCAAAUCAAGUGCUGUGCAGUAUGUUGUUUCUCUGAAACUUCUGAAAUGACUAUGCAACAUUUUCCAAGUCCGGUCACCAGUCCAUGAUGCUCAGCCAUAAUUUUGAAUGAGUAUUCAACCAUAAACUUAAUUCCCUCAACCUAAACUUAAUUCCCUCAACCUGUCAACCAUAAACUUAAUUAUUGUCGCCCCUAUGUUGUGUUUGGUUGGGGUGAAUGAUUCCGGAAGGAAUGAAAUGAAAAAUGAACUAUCUUAUGGAUGAUUUUUAAGAAAUUUCAUUCUUUCUUCCAUUCCAUUCCCUACAUCAUAUGCUAGAUAUCACCCCUUCCAUUUGAGAUGGAAUGCUCCAUUCUCUCCCAUCCUCAAUUUCUUCUCAAAUCUCAUCAUAGCAAUUUUGCACUCCUUCAAAUUUUUUCAAAACUUUCUUCCUAUCUCUAUUAGUUUCAAGUAUUUUUUACUCAUUUCAUUCCAUUCCAUUCCAUUCUCCCCAACCAAACACAACACUAGAGUAAGACGGGAACAAAAAUUUGGAGACAUUUCUUUUUCAUAUGAACUUGGACAAAAUCAAAUAGUCAUAAUGUACAGAUUAGUUGUGCAUCAUAAAGGAUAGUGAUCAUUCAUGCAUGCGUUUCUAGUCUCAUGAAAAGUAGCAAUGUACAAAUUCAAUGAUUAAAUCUGAAUUUUAAUUAGCACAACACAUAUUUUGGUGCUUUUUGUUUAUAAAUUGAUUUGCCUACUUCCUACUUCCACAAACUUAUGCUCACAACAUUUUCAACAUCUUCCUCCUCCUCCUCCUCCUCCGCCACUGCAUGCCAGUAAAUAUCAUAACCAACACACAGAACUCCUGCAUCAGCAUGUCGAUAACAACUCACAAUGCACUCCAAAUCUUCACCAUAUUCUUUCUAACUAGCCUAACUUCUGAUGGCAACUGUCAACAAAUAAACUACCCUGAAAAAAACAUCCUUCUUCAGCUCAAACAAUUCUGGUUUCAUCCACCUUUAAUCAAACAAUGGUCUUCGGCCAAAUCAAGUGACCAUUGUACCUGGCCGGAGAUCACCUGCAUAGAAAAUUCAGUCACUGAACUUGACCUUUCAAGUAAAGAUGUGACGGGGAAAAUCCCACCUUUUCUAUGUGACCUCCAAAACCUCAUCGCUCUUAAUUUUUCAUAUAAUUAUAUACCUGGAUCCUUCCCAAUAGGUCUUUACAAUUGCUCCAAGCUUCUGUAUCUAGACCUCUCUCAGAAUUACUUUGUGGGACCAAUUCCAGGAGAUGUUGACAAACUGUCUCGACUUACAGUCCUCAAUCUCGGAUAUAACAACUUCACUGGAGAGAUUCCUGCUGCUAUUGGACAGCUUUCAGAGCUUCUGGUUCUUAAGCUUUCUGCUAACUUGUUCAGUGGCUCUUUCCAGCCAGAGAUUGGGAACUUGUCUAAUCUUCAAGUUCUUGAAAUGUCCUAUCACUCAUAUGGUACUCAUCCACCUUGGACCCUACCCAUAAAUUUCUUCAUCAAGUUGACAAAACUGUUGUAUCUUUCGAUGACUGAAUCAAAUUUAAUUGGACAAAUUCUUGAAAGUAUUGGCAAUGCGACUGCUCUGCAAAUUUUGGAUUUUAGAAGCAACAUACUGAGAGGAAAAAUUCCAGAUAGUUUGUUUCUGCUAGAGGACUUGACUUAUUUGUCUCUUUACGACAACAAACUUUCCGGGUCAAUUUCUCGGUCCAUUAAAACUGUAAAUCUAAAUUUGCUAGAUUUAUCAGCAAAUGAUUUGACUGGAACUAUCCCAAAUGAUAUCGGAAAACUUACAAAAUUGUCAUAUUUUUCAUUGUUUCUCAAUAAAUUAUCAGGGAAGAUUCUAGAAGGAUUGUGUGGUGGUUUGGCUCUAGAAAGGUUUUUGGUAGGUUUAAACAACUUUUCAGGAUCUUUGCCAAAGUGUCUGAAAAAAUGCUCCAGACUAGUUGAUGUUCAGGUGGACAGGAAUCAGUUCUCCGGCAAUGUUUCUGAGGUGUUUGGUGUCCAUCCAAAUCUUGUCACCAUUUCUAUGAGUGGCAACAAUUUUACAGGUGAAUUCUCGUCCCAAUCGUGAAAAUUUGAAAAAUAUUACUUCUAUUAUGACAAUCUAGACCUGGCCUUGCAAUUUUUUGGCAUAUGCACUUUCACUUUAAUACCAGGAAUUUGAUUUUGCCAAUUUAUCCAAGCUAUUUUAUCUUUUCCAGGAGAAAUUCCUACAACGCUUUGCAAUAUGACAUCCCUUGAGAUUCUUGAUUUGUCAAGAAACAGUUUAAGUGGUGAACUUUCUUACUGUAGUGUUUGGGAGAUCUUAGCAAUCUCAUUGUUAUAAAUCUUCAUGAGAAUCAAUUUUACGGGACAAUACCAGCAACCUUCCUGGAGAACUGCCUACUGACAAAUUUUAAUAUAAACAGCAACCAUUUCAAGGGAACAAUUCCCCUGGCCUUGGCCAACUGUAAGAAGUUAAAGAUCCUUGAUCUUGGAAACAAUAACAUAUAUAAGUGGCACAUUUCCUCCGUGGCUAGAUAGUCUUCCAGAUCUACGAAUCCUUGUCCUGAGGUCAAACAGACUUCAAGGUGAGUUGAGUGUUAGCAAGAAGGAAUAUUCAUUUCCCAAGCUUAGAAUCAUGGAUCUCUCUCACAAUCAAUUCAGUGGCGACCUGCCAAUCAGUUUUUUAGAUAAUUUCAGAGUUGCAGUGAAUUCUGAUGAACUUGCUGAUAUGGAUUUAGAAAAUACUGAUACAGGUUCUUAUUACGAAGCUUCUGUUACAUUGAUUGUCAAAGGGCUAGAGGUUGAAGUAAAAAGAAUUCUCAGUAUUUACACAAGUAUAGAUCUAUCUAGCAAUAAGUUUACUGGAGAACUUCUAGAGGUCAUCGGGGUACUUCAAUCCCUGCGUCUGCUCAACGUAUCUCAUAACAGGCUUUUAGGCCAUAUCCCAUCCUCGUUGGGAAACAUGAGUAUUAUUCCCUGGCAAUUGACUAGUCUGACAUUUCUUUCAAACUUGAACCUCUCGGAAAACCAUCUUACUGGAGCAAUUCCAAAAGGAAGGCAAUUCGACACUUUUAGUAAUGAGUCAUUCAUGGGUAAUGCGGCCUUGUGUGGAGUUCCUCUAAUGAAAAAAAUGUGGAAAUGAUGAGUCCCUAAUAUCAGAAGUUAAUGAUGAUGACGACGAAGAUUGGUUUGCAUGGGAACUGAUGCUAAUGGGUUAUGGAUGUGGACUGGUAUGCGGACUGUCCACCGGAUACAUUGUUUUCACAACUUCAAAGCCUAAACGAUUUGUGAUAUUCGUUGAAGGAGCUCAGCAAAGGCUGAUUAAAAGAACCAAGAACAAGAAGAUCCGGCCUUUUUAUCAGACAGCUAGUUACUGGUUGAUUUUUGUUCAAGUUUGGGGUGCCUUGUUUUUGUUGCUUCUGGUUUUUGGAAUUUAUAUGUUUAUCUGAAUGCUGUUGUUUAGUUCUAGAUUUA